AUGUAACCAAAACUUCAGCAAUUGCUUAUAAAAAUGGUAGCAACGUUACUUUAAGUACUUUUUGUGAAAGAAGUUUUAAAGAUGGAGGCUUUUAAAGUUACAUUGGCUGUAGUAUUGAUUGGCGUUGCAUUCGCCAACAAGGAUGAUAUCAAAGCAGAGAAUUUCUUGGCGAAAUUCGGCUACUACAAUCCGUUUGCAUUCGAUGGUAGUUCAAAUCUUGGCAAUGCAAUCAAAAGUUUCCAGAACUUCUAUGGUUUACCAGAAACAGGUGUUCUUGACAAAGAAACUAAAGCCGAGAUGGACAAACCACGUUGUGGAAUGCCUGAUUUAAAAGUAACAACAAACGGUUAUUAUGGCACAUCUAGUAAAUGGAGAAAGACUGCUUUAACAUAUCACUUCGACAACACAGGUAGAGAUCUGUCGUCUUCAGUAACAAAGAACGAAAUAGCCAAAGCUUUUAAAAUGUGGUCAGAUAAAACUUCUUUGACCUUUAGAGAGGUUAGCAGGGGUGGAGAUAUCAAAAUCGGGUUUUUCAGUUAUUCUCACGGCGACAAUUCAGCUUUUGAUGGCCAAGGUCGUGUAUUGGCACAUGCUUAUUUUCCUGAAAAUGGACGACUUCAUUUCGAUGAAAGUGAAACAUGGGCUGUAAAUGGUGGAAGAGGCACAGAUUUGCUUUGGGUGGCAGUUCAUGAGAUUGGACAUGCUUUAGGUUUACAACAUUCAAAUGUUCGGGGAACAGUUAUGUGGCCAUCUUACACAGGAUACCAGAGAGGCAUGCAACUUCAUAAUGACGAUAUUGCUGGCAUUCGAAGUUUGUAUGGAUCUGGCACCGGAGGUACCGGGACAGGCGGUGGAAGCUGCCAGGACAAGGACAACCGUUGCAGUGGGUGGAGAAGUUACUGCAGAUCAAACAGUUUUGUUAAAAACAACUGCAAAAGGACUUGUAACUUAUGUUAGUUUGUUACGAUGAGACUUAGAAAAGUAAUAAAAAUAUUACUAAGAAAGUUAA